CUUUGUUUAAAUUUUGUACAGCGAAUUGCACAACAAAUUGAAAGUAUGUGGUUAAAAAUAAUUAUUGAGGACGUUUUCCAAAAAUAGAUUAUAUGUUUGUCUUUUCCAUACAAAAUACGGCGCCUCACAUCAUUCCUUAACAGCUUCUUGAUUGAUACACACGAGUGGCCACACAGGCGGACAACAUUCACACAGGACAGGUCAAUCAAACUUCUCGGCCAUUUUAUCAAAUCAUUCAACAGCAAAUUUUCUUACAAACACUGAAAUGGAAGGCAUCGUAGCAGAAGGGCAUACCCAAACACUAGUGAAACCAUCACCAUGGGGAAAGGCUGUCCAAUCAAGUCCCUGGGGUCAAUCAACCAAUCAGAAUGCUGCCCCUUGUAGUCUAGAAGAAGUGAUGAGCGAACAGUUGGCUAGCGAGCUUCAACAAGAAGAAGACAAAACGUGCGGCUUUCCGGAGGCUGCCGGUGUUGAUGUAGAGCCAGAAAUCCAGGAGCUUAUAGAAGCAGCGAACAGUGAAGGGGACACAAGCAGUGACGUAGUUCUGGCCCGCAUGCUUCAGAUGCAGUACGACCAGGAACACAACCAGCUGCUCCAGGCACAGGAGUCACACCUCAAUAAGUGCAACACUGUGAAAGUGUCGUUUGAGAAGUACAAGUUAGAAUACCCAGCUUUCAGUGAUGAUGAAAAGGAAGACAGCCAGUGCUUUGAUGAUGAGUACGAGAACAAGAAGACAGAAUGGGAGAAAAGUCCAGUAGUGGCAUCAUCCAAAGGAUAUUCUGGCCGAGGAAAAAACAUCGUUACAAAGCAUGAUGCAGUCAUUUGUGGGCGGAAAAACGCUUCAAAAAUGAUGGACUUCACGCCCGAGUUUGAGAGUGGGGACUGUGAAGAAAUGGACAUGCGGCUGCCAAACAACGUUUAUAAUCAUCUGAAACGACACAGCAAUAAAGCAGACAGACGUCAGCAAAAACUACACGAGAAGAAGGAACACUCCACUGCGGAGCAUGCCAUGGAUCCACGUACACGCCUCCUGCUUUACAAGCUGGUGAACAGUGGCACCCUUGAGUCGAUCAGUGGCAGUAUCAGCACUGGGAAGGAGUCUGUCGUGCUACACGCUUAUGGAGGAAGGAUAGAGGGCAGAACCCUCGCGACAGAAGUGGCAAUCAAGGUGUUCAAAACAACGCUGAGCGAGUUCAAGACUCGAGAGAAGUACGUUCAUGGCGACCAUCGCUUCUCCAAGGAUGACUACAAGAAACAGAACCCCAGGAAGAUCAUCAAGAUGUGGGCCAUGAAGGAGUGUGCUAAUCUGGGCAGAAUGCACAAAUUCAACAUCCCAUGUCCAGUGGUACAGAUCAUAAAGAAGCAUGUCCUGGUGAUGACCUUCAUAGGGGAGGACCGCAAACCUGCACCGAAACUGAAACAUGCCAAACUGUCAGCAGAAAAUAUAGAGGACGCUUAUGACCAGGUGGUGAAGAUUAUGCGUAAGAUGUACCUGAAGUGUGGCCUGGUACAUGCGGACCUCAGUGAGUACAACAUGUUGUGGCAUGCAGACACAGUGUGGAUCAUUGACGUUUCACAAGCGGUGUACCUAGACCACCCUCGAGCUCUCGAGUUCCUCUAUAGGGACUCCACCAAUGUGGUUAACUUCUUCUCUGAAAGUGGAGCCCAUGCAGUGAUGACCCCUGAGCAGCUGUUUAACAAGGUUACCGACCUGGAUAUCAGGGGUCAAGGGUCAGACUUCAUUGCACAGGUGCAGAGAUAUGCAAAAGAGAAAAGUCAAGAGCUAAUUGCGAAUGAAAAAAGUGACAAAAACUAUGCGUUUGAUUACUUCUUUGAUAAAUCCGUAAGGGACAAGAGCAAUUUCGAUACGCUGAUUAUUUCCGACUCGGACAGCGAAGAAGACGAUGAAGAUGUUGAUGAUGAAGUUUGUAGUGAUAUUAAAGAAGAAGGAUAUAUGGAUGUAAUAUAUGAUACUGCUAAUGUUGUGGAUAAUGCUUGUAGUGACGAUAAUAAUGCUACUGCUGGUGAAGUUGAUAAUCUAAAAGAUGAAAAUUGUAAGAAUGGUAGCAGGGGUGGUGUGUGUGAAGACAAUGAAGCAGGUGAAAUGAAGGAGGUUUCUAUAAAUGAUGAGACUGCACAGGGUUCCAGCUAGUAAACCUACAGUUGUGCAAAAUCAGGUUUACUAUGUGGCCAGUAAAGCUGGUAAAAGAUUGGGAAAAAACUCUCUGCCUCAAUUAGGCAAUAACAAGAUUAUGCUGAUUAGAAAAAAACUUACCUGUUUGUUUGUGUGCCCAUUAAAGCUGAAAAAAGACGGAUAGAAAAAACUCAUUGCCUCAAAUAGACAGUACAAAAAUAGUGAUGGUUAGAAAAACUUAGAAAUUUAAAAGAAUCAUUUAACAAAAAUGGUAUCAUAUUAUAUGUAAUAAGCUUAUCAAGGCUUCUUUGGUCUAUUGUUACAAAAUGUCAAACUUAAAAUUAAGCCUAUUGUUUGUUUCAAAUAUGUACACAUAGAAGAAUGGAGAAGGUAGUUGAGGCUUUUAGCCGUACCAUGGUAAUGUAAAGUUUUUAUUAUUGUUUUUGUCAUUUAAUCUAUGAAUCAGUGAUGUUAUAGAAAAACCUGAAGUCAGUGAAGUUUUAGAAACUUUGAAACCUGAAUCUUUUCUUGGAAUAAGAUGCAUUUUCACGGGAAUACAAACGAGACUCUUUUUUGGAAAACGGGGCUUAAUGCAUGUGCGUUAAGUGUCGUCCUAUAUUAGACACGUUCCCCCUGAACUGAAUUUUCGUUUAGAAGAGACUAAUCGUAAACAAAAAAUUCCAUUAAAGCAGAAAGUAUCGUCCCCGAUUAGCCUAUGUGGUGUGCACCGGCUAAUGUAGAGCAAUACUUUAAUCACAUUUAUUGAGUCCUGUUUUCACAGUGCGCAGCAUAUAUAUUUUAUUGAGUCUUGUUUUCAGGUAAUGGGUUUUGUGUUAAAAGAUGGAUGAUUUAUUUGUUUUAUCAUCACUUUUUUAUAGAUAUAUUAUAUUAUAAGAUUGAAGAUUUAAUUGCUAGAUAAUAAAAUAAAGCUCUAAUUGGAAGUGUUGUCAGCAUUGAAAUUGCUGAACCAGUUUGUUAGUGUGUUAAUGUAUGUAUGCGGCAAACGAUUAAUAAGUUCUUGUCUAUCAUUUGCACGAGCUAUAAAGUACUGCAUUAACAAAACGACAUUGUCAUUUAUGCUUAUUUAAAACGUAUAUACUUGCAACAAAAAAUAAACGUUUACACUAUUUG